UUGUUUCUGUUAUUUCUUCCUAAUAAAAGAGGUUGGAGAAAUGUUGUAUCAAGAAGACUCAGAAAUAGCUCUGAACAGCUCCAGUGAACAGAUUGCAUACUUACUGGUGGACAGAAGUAAACUCUUGAGUAAACUGGAUCAUGGGGACUCAAAGCCAGAGUCACAAAGAUGUAAGAGCAAUAACCUACUGAAAGAAUUUGCCCAGUCCCAUAAUGAAGACAUAGAGAAAGAUAAAACAUCACAAAACUGCAUAGAGAGAAAUGUGGAACAAAUAGCAAAGAGGUUAAGGAUGGUCCAUGAAGAGAUCCGAAGGCUCACUGAUGAGCUACAAGGGAAUGAGAAAGAACAGAGUAAGUUAGAUUCUGCACUUGAAAAGGCUCAAUUAGAAAUUGAAGAGCUGAAAGAAAAUCUGACAAAGUUGAAAGAAAAUGAUUCUGCUGACCUAAAGAAAGCAAAGGAACACAAUCAGAGGCUGAAUGAGGAAAUUCUGGCUUUAAGAACUCGGGUUCGAUCACUUGACUCAGAAAAAAAAGGGCUUGGAGAAGUGGUUGAAAGGCUUAAAGGAGAGAUUUGUGAAUCUCAAGAGAAUAAGCAACUUGGGAACCACGCCCCUGGGAAAACUGUGGGUACUGAACAGAAAGUACAGAAUCUAUUAUCUAAAGAAAAACUGAAAUACCAGGAGCAAGAAGAAGUACAACAACUUCGCCAGAAUUUGCACCGGCUCCAGAUUCUCUGCAGCUCAGCUGAAAAAGAGCUCCGAUAUGAGCGGGCAAAGAAUUUGGACCUAAAGCAACAUAAUAGCUUACUUCAGGAAGAAAGCAUUAAGAUCAAAAUUGAACUAAAGCAGGCCCAGCAGAAGUUAUUAGAUAGUGCAAGGAUGUGCUCUCCACCCCCAGCAGAGUGGAAGCACUGUCAGCAGAAAAUCAAGGAGCUGGAGCUGGAAGUACUGACACAGGCUGAGAGCAUUAAAUCACAGAACACCCUGAAAGAAAAGCUGGCUCAGGAGAAAUCCAAAGUUGCUGAUGCAGAGGAAAAGAUUUUGGAUCUACAGCAGAAAUUAGAACAGGCUCAUAAAGUCUGUCUCACAGAUGCUUGUAUUUUGGUAAAGAAGAAACUAGAGGAAAGGAUAAAAGAAGAACAACAAGAGAGGAAACACCUAGAUCAUGAUAUAAAUGAGCUACGACAAAAAGUGAAAAUAUUACUGGAUAAAGAGAAUAUACUAGAAACGACCAGUUCUCAGCAACAACACAGAAUUCAGCAACAAGAGGCCCAACUUAAACAACUGGAAAAUGAAAAAAGAAAGUCUGAUGAGUAUCUCAAGAGCUAUCAGGAAUUGUCAGAGAAGGUGUCUGGGUUGCAACAAGAAAAGGAAGCUCUACAUAAAGAAUAUGGGGGAUUUUUGAAGCAGCUUGAUGUCCAUGUGAGAAACUAUAAUAAAAAAUAUCAUCAUCACAAAACCAAGCUUCAUAGAGUCAAGAGUCAUUUCGUUCAUGAAGUAGAGCUUCGAGAUGAGAGAAUUAAACUACUUGAAAAUGAACUUGGAAUACUGCAGCAAAAAUUAGAAAAGGAGAAGGAAUUCCAGGACCAAGUCACUGCCCACAAUGAUAAGCUACUCCUAGAAAAUAGGAAGCUUCUGGAGCAGCUCAUAGAGAAAGAAAAAUUGAUCCAUGACAACCAAUGCACGAUAUCUUCUGCUCAGCACAGAGUACUUUUCCUGGAUAAAGAAAAUAAGCAAUUACAGGAAAAUAGUCUCCAGCUCACGGAGCAGGUUGGCCUCUUAGAACGCAUUAUAAGAAGCAUCCAGAUUUGCAGAGGAGAGGAAACAAUACUGACUGGCAGCUCUGAAUAUGACCCAUUGAAUAAAAUCUUGCCCCUACCAAACUCCAGGUUAGUAAAGUCGAGACAGUCAUCUGUAUGAUUGAGAGUCAUGGCUGACUAAUCAGUUGUGAGUUGCUGGCUUGAGAAAGCAUAGCAUUUAGGGGUAACUUCCUCUCUAUAUAGUAUUUAAACCUUCCAGUUUCUUCUCCCCUCACCACUGCCUCACCCCGACACCUAACAGAAUUCUGACUCACGGUAGAAGAUAAUCCAUAAAGGUAAUUUUAUUUGGCUGUCUUUGUGUUUGAUAAUCGUCAAAACUGAAAUCCUAUUGAAGCCUUAUCCCAUUACCCAAAAAUGCUGGCAAGAGACCCUAUGCACCUAAGUUUCUCACAUGUGGCCUUUCUUAGUUUUUCUAUAACAGGUUUGGUAGAGUCCAUCGAAAGUCUUUAAGAAACUAAAGAACACAAGUCAGAAGAAGCAGUGGCAAACCCUGAGUCCCUCGAGUCUCUUUCCUGUUCACAGAAUUCUGAAGCUGGAUACAUAUACACACUGUGGCUUCUCUGAAAAAAGAUACAUCUCUGAACAAGUCCAAAAGUCAGAACUAUAAAAUCACUGAUGUCUAAACUAGACUAGUCAAAGCUGCUCACUUAAAACUUGGACGUGAAGGUGGAACAUGAGAUGGAGAAAUUAUAAUAGAUUUCCUGCUGGACAUCAAUCAGGAGUCUUCAAAAUUGCUGUUAAGUUCAUUAAACCAGUUCUAAAUAUAGAUUUUUCAAGUUUGUUUGAUAUUGAUAAAUAUAGUGACUUAAAUUGGUGGUUUAAUUAGGUUUCUGUUCAACAGAACACAUACAUGGCUAAUUCAGCAUUCUUUCCUAUUUUUAUGGGUAUUUU